UCUUAGUUUUCAGCCACUGAGUUCAACAUCAACGUCUACCACAAGCACAGAAGAAGAGGAAUGUGAAAUGCAUUGGAAAACGAAAAAAUGGAUUGUCAAUGAGCCUCAUGUCAUGGAGCUGUUCAAAAGAUGUCAAGAAUGCGGAUCAGUAAUAACAAAGACCACAAAAGCAUCUGUGGGAAGUCUUCUCCGUGUUCACUGGGAAUGUGAAAAAAAACACAAAGGAAAGUGGAGUUCUUGCAGUGAUGUUAGGGGAAUGCCAGCUAAUAAUCUUCUUGUUUCUGCAUGUACACUAUUCACUGGAGCAACAUAUACUGACGUCGCUGAUUGGGCCACUUUGCUCAACCUUCAAAUACCCCAUAAAACCACUUACUUUGACAUUCAGUCUUCAUACCUUGUUCCAGUCAUUGAUGAAGAAUAUAAACAACAACAGAAAGCAGCAAUCAAUGACUUACAUUUACAAACUGAACUCUGUAAUCCAGUUCAUUUGUCCGGAGAUGGGAGGUCAGACAGCCCUGGAUUUUCGGCAAAAUACAACACAUAUAGUUUAAUGGAUGACACCACAGACAAAAUUGUUCACUUUGAAUUGGUGCAGGUUACAGAAGCAUCUAGUUCUGUGGCCAUGGAGCCAGUAGGAUUCAAGAGGGCAGUGAACACAAUACAAGAACAAGGAAUCAAAAUAGACGUGCUGACCCCAGACAGAUCACCAUCUAUUCGAAAGAUUAUGCGUGUAGAAUAUCCAAACAUUCACCACGAAUUUGAUGUCUGGCAUGUGGUCAAAGGACUUUCCAAAAAGUUGUGCUCCAAUUCAAGAUACAAGGACAAUCGAGAGCUGCAGCCAUGGACACGAAGUAUUUGCAACCAUUUAUGGUAUUGCUGUGCAACUUGUGGAGGUGACCCAGACGAACUGAUCGAGAAUUGGAAGUCCAUACUUUAUCACAUUACAGGUGUGCACAGUUGGAUUGAAGAAGGAAAUCCGAAAAAAUGCAGACACAAUGAUCUCAGUCUGGAAGAGCAACACAGAAAAAAAUGGCUGGGAAAAGACUCGCACGCCUUCCGCACACUGCAGAAUCUGGUUCUGGACAGAGGACUUCAAAAGGAUUUGAGGCAAAUGGCUCUUUUCAAACACACCGGACAACUGGAGGUGUUUCAUUCUGUCCUACUGAAAUACUGCUCCAAGAACCUCCAUUUUCAUUAUGCAUCCAUGGUUGCACGAACACAACUCGCUAUCCUUGACCACAAUGAAAAUGUAGGUCGUCAGCAGGCAACAACCACUACUGGUUUACCUCGGUACAACAUUGUUUUCCCCAAACAUACAAAAGAAUGGGUAGCUAAAGCAAUUUUUGAAAAAAAAAAACUCAAAAAAUCAAAGAGACUCUGGUUGAGAAAGUUGUACGGCGGCGGCUGGACACCAGCGUUGUUUACAAGGACAGUUCUUCUCAUUUGACUCAUCACCCAUUGCCGCAGAACAUAGCCCUAACACCAAGGCCUGACAAGCAAGAAGUAAUUGCAAAGCGUUUAUCACGAUUUGGACACUGAUUUACUUUUUAAAUGUUAUCGUCUAAUGUACAAUUAUUUUUUAU